AUUUGUCCAAGCCAGGUGAUAGGGUGGAGUUUGUGCCAAAGGAGGAGGACGUUGAGUCAGAUGAAAUACCCCUGCGGGACCUGUAUGAGCGCUGGUGUAAGGCUUUUAACCAGAAGCGUGAGCCUGAUGAGAUGGCUCGCCGGUUCAACAAGUUCAAGAACAGGGUGCUGUGUAUUCACAGUAUGAACAAGGCUAAUCAGUCAUGCAAGGGGACACGCGUCGCAGAUAAGAAGGAAAUCUCUACUGAGUAUGAAGUUGUUUAUGGCAGAUUGUUUGUUGCAGAUCUACCUGAGGGACGUGAGCUGUUAGUCCCAAAUGAUGAGUUCAUCAAGCGCCGCUGGAUCCCAUACCUCCCCUGA